CGAUGGAGAUCGUUAAUGAUUUACGAAUUUACGUUGUGUGUUGCAGGUACUGGCGAAUCCGGCAAAUCCACCUUCAUUAAACAGAUGAGAAUCAUCCACGGGUCUGGUUACUCGGACGAUGACAAGAGAGGGUUCAUUAAACUCGUAUAUCAAAACAUUUUCAUGGCCAUGCAGUCCAUGAUCCGGGCGAUGGACCUCCUCAAGAUCCAGUAUGCCUCAUCUUCGAAUAUAGAGAAAGCCGAACUCGUGCGAAGCGUGGACUUCGAAACAGUUACAACGUUUGAAAGUCCAUACGUAGAAGCAAUCAAAGAUUUAUGGGCGGACAGUGGUAUCCAAGAAUGUUACGACCGUAGGCGAGAAUAUCAGCUCACAGACUCCGCUAAGUAUUAUCUUAGUGACCUAGAACGUAUCGAAAAGCCCGACUUCCUUCCUAGCGAACAAGACAUUCUUCGGGCUCGAGCUCCUACUACUGGCAUUAUAGAAUAUCCGUUUGAUCUGGACUCCAUCAUAUUUAGGAUGGUAGACGUUGGUGGACAGAGAUCAGAAAGAAGGAAGUGGAUUCACUGUUUCGAGAAUGUCACAUCUAUUAUCUUUUUAGUAGCUUUAAGUGAAUAUGAUCAAAUUUUGUUUGAGUCUGAAAAUGAGAAUCGAAUGGAAGAAAGUAAGGCAUUGUUCAAAACAAUUAUUACAUAUCCUUGGUUUCAACAGUCCUCUGUUAUUCUGUUCCUAAACAAGAAAGAUCUGCUCGAAGAGAAGAUUAUGUACUCUCAUCUUGUUGACUAUUUUCCUGAAUAUAAUGGCCCACAAAGAGAUGCCAUACCUGCUAGAGAAUUCAUUUUACAGAUGUUUGUCGACUUGAAUCCAGAUAUUGAGAAGAUUAUAUAUUCACACUUUACGUGUGCUACAGAUACAGAAAACAUCAGAUUUGUAUUUGCAGCAGUGAAAGACACCAUUCUACAGUUAAACUUAAAAGAAUAUAAUCUGGUUUAGAUGGCAAUACACAAAAUUCAGGAUGGACUCAAGAAUUUUUUCUUAUACCCUGACCAAGGUAUCAGUGUGAACUCUAUUAAGUUAGAAAAUGGGGAAUAUGAGAAAGGCAGAAAAUGAACAGUAAUUUGUGGUGCCAUCAGCGUAUUGUCGCUGCUCCAUUACAAGUGUACCAACUAAUGAGUAGUAAAAUUUAUAAAACGGAGGUAACAGCGAUGAACAAAUAUGGACCUAAAUCUGAGCGUUAUACGUUCUUUCCUAACCUUCUCACUGUCAAUACCAACAAAUUGAUUUAGUUUCGUACUCUAUUUGUUGAAUUUAUUACCUUUUUAUAGAUUAGUUUAGUCAAUCAUGCCUGGCUGACUGCGUAAUCAUCUAAUUUUUAUAUAAUAAUACCACGAGCAACACAAAAAUAAACGUAUAAGAUAGAGUGCAGCCAUGCCAUACAAUGUCUGUCCAAGUGUUCAUCUCAAAUCAAGAGAUCUCAGCAAGAAACUGAAGAGAAGAGGGACAAAUGCUUUUUAAUCACAAGUAGUCUGUGACACAAGUGAGAGCAAUUCUAGUGCCAUUUACUAGUGUGGUGUUUUUAUUGCAGUCCUUUCUUAGAUGCAAAAAGCCAAAGUGUUUUUUUAUCUGUGCCAGAAGCAAGUAAAAGUUUUUUCUGCAUGUGACUCAAAUUCAUAAUUCAUCGUAUAAAUAUUGUUAUAUAUAAUAUAUAAAAUGAAACAUAGGUUAGCAUUGAAGAAAGCAACAUAAAAUCAGCAAAAAGGAAACUUUACCACCCUUCAAUAUUAAGAAAUUAUUAGAAAAAACAUCUGUUCGAUGUGAUUUUAGGUAAUUAGGAGGCGAAAGAUUGCAGAUUCUUCUGCUGUCUUUUUUCUCCGUAGGCUGUGUACAGAAUGUGAGGGCUGCGAUCUCAUACCAUACAGUUAUAGUUUCAGCGAUCUACGAACGAUGUAAAAGUCUUAAUUACAGCACUAGUUUUCCUUUCAUCCAGCCCUCACUUAUUGACACAGCGUCGCGCAGCUAGGGACAUAGUUGAAGAACAUAUGGCCCUGGCUUGCAUUGUAUCCACAUUACAGUGUACGUAUGUAUGAACUGCUCACUGCCUGCGCUCGCUCUUGCUGGCUAGCGCGCUGCCCACUGCUUGUAUUCUCUAAUGGUUCGAUUAACUGCUGUUUGUGCCACCUUUUGAUGUUCUAUCGAAAGAACAUUUGCGCAAAGGUGAUAGAAACUGCUGUGCACAACCUGGAGAAUACUUGCAACAUAAACUUUACGGUGUUGGUCAAAUCAGUGAAUUAGGGUGUGACGUUUGGAUAUAUGUAGCCUGAAUGUCUAACCCUGAUACUGCUAACACUGCACGCACACUGGGCAGCAUAUGUCAUACCUACUUUGGUUGAAACACUGAGUUUAUAAAGAAAAAAAUAUAUAAAUACAUUGAAUGAAAUAUAAUGUUAAGAGAUAAUAACAAAUAAUAUUGAAUAAUAAUAAUAAUAUUAGUAAUAAUAAUAAUAUAAUAAUAAUAAUAUUAAUAUUAAUAAUAUUAAUAAUAAUAAUAAUAAUACUGCUUGGUUUUCAGUGAAAGUGUGAUUAAAGAGAGCAAGUGGCAAUGAGGGAGAGGAGAUAAAUGUGUAUUCAAAGUGAGAAUAAUGAUAGUGAAAAUGAAAGAAAGAAAGAAAGAAAGAAAGAAAGAAAGAAAGAGAAAAAUGGGAGAGAGAGAGAGAGAAAGAGAAGGAACGAGUGAGGGAGGGAAUGGCGGGGGAGAAAGGUUGAAAGAAUGAGAGUGAGAAUGAAUGAAUUUAAAUGUACGAUAUGUAUGCAGCAUGCGUGAAACAUUUUAACAAAAAAUAAAAAAAUUGGUUGAGACGAACAGGCUUUCUUUCGCCUGAUUCGUGAUCGAGCGAGUGACGCGCAAAUUUGUGGCUAUAGUUCAUUUGUAAAUCAUUUUUUGUCAAAAGUAUACAUUUUUCUGAAAGCAUAAUAUGUUGGGUAUUCUUUCUGUGUGUAUAAAAUGUAAACACCUACCAAGCCCAAAAUGAAAUCAAUGUUUCUAACUUAUUUAUAAUAAAUAAUAUACAUUAAUGAUAAAAAUAAA